CAAACCUCUCCGGCUGCAGUUUUCUUUUUCUUAAGAACUGUAUCGCCCCUGUGCAAUCUUUCUACAAUUUCCUUAGCAUCUUCCAGGGUAUUCUGUUCCGACUGGGUCUUGAACCUGUGAUACCCCUUUUGCUACAAUUUAGUGCACUUUACCUUCCCCACAAUAAAUCCAAAGCUUUUCCCGUUUGUCCUGUUUUUAGUUAGGCAACUUACAUCCUGUUAAAAAUGCCAGCUUACAAAGCUAGCCACCCGCUUCCUGUUCAUCCAGUUUCUUCACAUUCUGAUUUCUAUUCGUCAUCGCUGUACUCAGACCCAACUCCUUUACAUUUCGGGAGGGGACGGGUAGGAGCUCGCGAGGGAGUUUUAAAAAAGGUUGAGGGGCAACGAGGGCAGGGUCGCCCCAGCCUCGUUGGGAGCUCUGGUGAAACCCUUUAAGUCCCACGAUUCAGAUUCAGGUCACCCUUGGACCCUUUUGUUGUGCCUCUCUCGUCUUUAUCGUUGAAGCCAGCGGGCCUUGGUCACUGACCUGAAAGAGGCUGCGGCCGUUCCGGGAGUCUCCCCGGCCUUGGGCACACUGGGUACUUCGGCGCCUACGAAGGGGAGGUGACGGGCGGGGCUGCGCUGGGCUGGGCGCGGCGAGCGCGGGAACGUCCCGUCGGCGGGCGGUGUGGGCGGGGCCUCCCUUUGAACCCUGUUGGGUGGAAUUUCGGUUCGGCUAGGGGUCCUGGGCGGCGGCUGCGGGGUCCGCGUUGGGCUUCACUGCGAUGGAGCCCACCGCGGGGAGAGAGACGGAGAGCGGGGGAGGCGCGGCGACAGGGGAUUGCGUGCAGAGGGUUCCGGUGCCGAGACCUCCCUCCAUUGAGGAAUUCAACAUAGUGAAGCCCAUUAGCCGGGGCGCCUUCGGGAAGGUGUAUCUCGGGCAAAAAGGCGACAAGUUGUAUGCGGUGAAGGUUGUCAAAAAAGCAGACAUGAUCAACAAAAAUAUGACUCAUCAGGUACAAGCUGAGAGGGAUGCACUGGCACUAAGCAAAAGUCCUUUCAUUGUCCAUUUGUACUACUCACUGCAGUCAGCAAACAACGUCUACUUGGUAAUGGAAUAUCUUAUUGGUGGGGAUGUCAAGUCCCUCCUUCAUAUAUAUGGUUAUUUCGAUGAAGAGAUGGCUGUGAAAUACAUUUCUGAGGUAGCAUUGGCUCUAGACUAUCUUCACAGACAUGGAAUCAUCCACAGGGAUUUGAAACCAGAUAACAUGCUAAUUUCUAACGAAGGUCAUAUUAAACUAACAGAUUUUGGCCUUUCCAAAGUUACUUUGAAUAGAGAUAUCAAUAUAAUGGACAUCCUUACUACACCAUCAAUGGCUAAACCUAGACAAGAUUAUUCAAGAACCCCAGGACAGAUACUGUCUCUCAUCAGCUCUUUGGGAUUUUUCACACCAGCUGCAGGAAAAAAUCAAGACUCUGCAAAUGCUCUUUCAACUCACGGCUCUGAAACAUCACAGCUUUCUCAAGAACUAAUUUGUGCUAUGUCUGUAGAUCCAAAGGACACUACUCCUUAUUCUAACAAACUACUAAAAUCAUGUCUUGAAGCAGUUGCGUGCAACCCCAGGAUGCCUGUGAAAUGUCUAACUUCGAAUCUCCUCCAGUCUAGGAAAAGGCUGGCCACAUCAAGUGCCAGUAGUCAGUCCCACACCUUCGCAUCCAGUGUGGAAUCUGAAUGCCACAGCAGUCCCAGAUGGGAAAAGGACCACCAGGAAAGUGACAAUACACUGGGCUCCACAAUGAUGAGCUGGAAUACAACUGAAAAGCCUUCAUGUCCAAAUUCUACAAAUGCCACCCAGACCCAAAGUUUCAACAGGAAGGAUCUUGGAUUCGGGCUUUCUGCCAUCCACAACAGCAGUGCCGUUCCCUCCGCUGGGAGUGCUUUGGUAAACUUGGCCAAAAAACACUUCUCUGGAGAGGUUUCUUGGGAAGCAAGAGAACUGCAUCUAAAUAUUAAGAUGGACACUGACACAAAGCAGUCUGGUUUGCACCAGUCAAAUCAAUGGACUGUGGAUUCUGGUAGUGUGACUGAGGAACACUUUGUGAAAAGAAAUUUGAAAAGAAAUUUUGAGUUAGUUGACUCCAGUCCUUGUCAGGAAAUUAUACAGAAUAAAAAAAAUUGUACAGAGCAUAAUCACAGUAAUGAAAUGAGAGGUUGUUGUGCAAAUCAAAGUACAGGCUUAACAACUGACGUCCAGGACCUUAAGCUAUCGGUAUAUACAGGUCAGCAAAACGACAGUGUUAAUAAGAAAAUGGUUCGUUCUUUUACUGAUAAACAACAGACACCAGAAAAAUCACCUAUCCUGAGGAUAGCCAAAAACCUCAUGUGUGAGCUGGAUGAAGACUGCAACGAGCAUAAGAAGAAGGGCUACUCAAAUUCUAGUUUUCUAUGUUCUGAUAAUGAUAGAGCCUCUAAAAGUAUUUCUGUGGACUCAGAUUCAUCUUUUCCUGGAAUUUCUAUAAUGAGAAGUCCAUUAGAAAGGCAGUCCUUAGAUCCAGAUAAAAGCAUCAAAGAAUCCUCAUUUGAAGAAGCAAAUAUUGAAGACCUACUCACCGUAUCACCCAGAUGCCAGGAAAGUCCCUUGCAAGAAGGUGAUGAGAAUCCUACUGCCCAAGACAGUAACCAAGACAUGUUAGCUCCUUCUUCAGAGGGGUUGAAAAUACGAGCCUUCUCUAAAAGAAAUGCUGUAGCUUUCCGAAGUUUUAACAGUCACACUCAUGCAUCCAGUAACUCAGAACCAUCCAAAAUGAAUAUUUCUUCUUCAGAUGCAAUGACUCUUUCAUGUGCUUAUAGUGGCCCCUAUCCCAUGGCUGUAAGCCCUAUCCAAAAAGGAAGAUCCUAUAUGCCACAUCAGAAGACCCCAAAUCAAAUCAAGUUAGGAACUCCAUUCCGAACCCCGAAGAGCGUGAGAAGAGGGGCAGCCCCAGUAGAGGAUGGGCGAAUCCUAGGGACCCCAGACUACCUGGCACCUGAGCUGUUAUUCGGCAGGGCCCACGGUCCUGCAGUGGACUGGUGGGCACUUGGAGUUUGCUUGUUUGAGUUUCUAACAGGAAUUCCCCCUUUCAAUGAUGAAACGCCACAACAAGUGUUCCAGAAUAUUCUGAAAAGAGAUAUCCCUUGGCCUGCAGGUGAAGAAAAGUUAUCUGAAAAUGCUCAGAGUGCAGUAGAAAUACUUUUAACCAUUGAUGAUACAAUGAGAGCUGGAAUGAAAGAGCUAAAACAUCAUCCUCUCUUCAGUGACGUAGACUGGGAAAAUCUGCAGCAUCAAACUAUGCCUUUCGUACCUCAGCCAGAUGAUGAAACAGAUACAUCCUAUUUCGAAGCCAGGAAUAAUGCUCAGCACCUGACCGUAUCUGGAUUCAGUCUAUAACACAUACAUUUUUCCCUUUAAUCUAACCUAUCUUAUUGAAUAAGCUAUCAAGUUUACAUACUCCUUAAUACUAGAUUGAUCUAAGAGAAGAAGAUCGUUAAUUUACCUGGAUCAGUGAAAUUUUAAUGUAACUUCUUCCACAGAGUUAAAAGGCUAUCAAGAAUAUAACCAGUAUGUUAUCUUGUUCUCAGAGCUGUAUAUAGGCUUCCAAAGCUAUUUUCAUCUUAUUUUGUUACAGCACUUUAUGGAAAUUAAUGUAUCAAUCAAAGUAAAAUGACACCAUCUGUUAGAGAAAGCGUGAACUUGAGCUUGAUUUUCUUUCACUUCUGUUGAUUUCAGUCAACCCUUCAGUUUAGUGUUAAAAGAACAAAAUCAUAUGGUUUUAUUUUAAUACAAUGUGUACGGUAGCCAUGAGGGCAGUCAUUGAAGGCUGCAAUUGUGAUUUCCAGCUCAAAAUUGUGACUGGAAAAUGCCAUCACUCAGAAGUAUAACUCUUUUGGGGAAUGAGCAAUAAACAGAGGACUAAGGUUUAGGUUCCUUUACUACAAAUAUAGUUUUGUGGCCUUGACUGCUCUGGUGCUUUCUCUGCAAUACCUGUUUGUUUAACAUAGUACAGGGAAGCUUCUGUAUGAUGCGCUGUAGCAAUUUUAACAGCUUGUUCAAUUUUAAUGAAAAACAUAAUGGCUUACAUCUUUAAAAUAAUUCGUCUAGAACAUGCAGCAUUACUAGAGACAGCCUGAUCUUAGCAAAAAAAAAUAAUCUGCUUAAAUGAGUAAGUUGUAACAUGUGUCAAGUAUAUGACCUGUCAACAUCAUUCUUUUAUAUAUACACUGUCAGAUUCGGCUCCAUGGCUCCCAUCUGGAAUUCACUGAGGCUUUCAGCAUUUUUACCCUCCAAAGGAACAACGUUCAAAUGUAAAUUUCCUGCAAAUCUAUUAAAUACUAUUCUCCCUUUCGCAGAUUCCUUAAUGGGACUGUCCAGGACACCAACCUUAUCAGGGACUUGUAACAUUACUAAAUAAUUGGGUGAAAUGGACAGUGAGCGAGCCUAUUCCCAGUACAAGAACCUUAAGUGGAAAAAUGAAAAAGUUUGCAGUUAAACAGACCUAGGUCUGCCUCAGUAGUCACCUGGAAUGCUGCGUGCUGUAAGGGUGUUUACAGGGAGCAAGUGACUUAUUAACUAAACUUAAACCCUAAUACACCAGCCAAGCUGUGGGUUCAGACACUUGCUAAGGAAAACCUGCGACAGAAUAAUAACAGCAGAAAAUGGGACUGAUCCUGAGAGCUGUGUCUGCGUGUGGAUAAACAUAAGCCUUUAAAGAGCACUCACUGCUUCUGCCAGCAGGAAUCUGUGCAUCUGUUGUGUUACACAAUUUUUAUUAACAGAAAAUGAUUUUCUCCCACCUCCACUAAAUGUUAACUGCAGAAAAUAUGUUUGAAAAGGCAGCUAUUCACACUGGCGACCUCUGUCAGAAUUAAACAGGAUGAAGUACAUACCUCACUUAAAAGGGGUUUCAUAAGUGAUCAUUAUUUGAACCCUAAGUACUCUGCUACUUCUAAGCAUAUUUAUCUUAAUUUGGGAUUUGGGAAAUGGGUCACUACAUAAAACCUUGCCAUUAUUCUUCAAAAGCAUCCUGAAGGACAUUCUGGUCUGGUCACUCAGUUUGCCAGAAAGACCUGAUUGUUAGCCAAUUACAAACAUGCUGAGUCCAAAAGGUUGUGCAAACAUGUGCUGUCUCCACCAGGUCUCCUUUCAAUUCAUACCAAACCAGCCAUGUAUGGGUCAUUCUUGUAACUGUGUGGAAAAUGUACUGGUCAGGGCAGUAUUUGAAAGAGGGAAACUGUAGAAAGCUAUUGAACCAGCCCACCUGGAUUCUCGAUAUAUUUUAGGGGUAGAAUCAAUGGUACUUCCUGAUGGAUGGUAGGAGGAGGAUGAUAGGACUGGAGGAACCAAGUCUGACACCUAGUUUCUGACUUGAGCAACUGGGUCAAUAGUGGUGCUAUACCCUGAAAAUGAGGGGCAGGAUUGGUGGGCACAUUAAGUUUAAUAUGUCUGUGAGACAUCCAAAUAAAGAAUUCAAGAACCCAGUUAGACUUCUAGAUAGUGAUGGUGAAUUUGAAUACAUACAGCUUUCUUUAGACUAAGAAACCCCUCUAAAAAGGGUGGCAUUUUUUAAGACAAACCAACAUGGUAGCUUUACAGUGUGUCUGCAAAUUUUGUGGCAUUAUUUCCACAACAAGUGGAAUCUAAUUCCCAUUCUCUUGCAUGUGGACCAGCCU